UAACAUGAAUAAACACGCGCACACACACACUCACAUCCUCAAAGUAACAGAGAUGGAAUUUAAUCGUGAUUCAUUAUUAUGAUACAGACUGAUGAACACUAUAUUCAGUGUGUGUGUUUAUGUGUGUUUUAAAACUUUCCGCCUGCGGGCACUGAUUUCAGCUCUCUCUCUCUGUGUGUGUGUGUGUGUGUGUGUGUGUACGUGUGUGUACUGUGGUCGUUCAGGUAACUAACCAGCAGUUUUAUGUCAGUUUCAGAGACUCUGAAUGUUGAUUUUUACAAUCACUGAACAAGAUCUGAAAUCAUAAACAGACAGACCAGCUACUGAGUGUUUGCUGAACAGUGUGUGUGUGUGUGUGUGUGUGAUGAAGAGUUACGUGUGUUUGUGUGUUUUAAAACUUUCCGCCUGCGGGCACUGAUUUCAGCACUGUGUGUGUGUGUGGGGUGUGUCCAGUCUGAGGUGAGACAGUGACUCAACACACACAGACGAAGGUGCCACACCUGAACGCCAGUGCCAGAUCACCAUGACGACACACAAUGCAACACCCAUAGGCCGUUAGACACUCCUGAAUAUUCAUGAGCUCACUCACACACUGUAAUGGGGAACCAGAGAUCUGUGAAGCGGACAGAGGAUUUAUUACAGAAACACAGUUAUGAAGAUAACUCCUGAUGUUGUGCAAGGCAUGAUCAUCAAUUACAACCCCAAGAGUCCUGGCUGACCUUGAUGGGGUCAUGGAUGAUGAGCUUGGCUGAAUGGAGAAGUUGUGAUGAAGUUUGGUUGUAUUUAAAGAUGCACAAUGACUUGUUUUAAUAUCAAAAUAUUCGUAUUCAAAGUGUUGAUCAUUUAUUGGCUUAAAGCGUACAAGUGUUGAAACCCAGGAUGGACUUUAACAGCACAUUUAUCACAGAUAUAGUGUAUGAUCUGCUGCGAAAUCAACUGCAAAAAUCUGGAUUUAAGGAAAAAAUACAUCAAAGCGUUUGAGUUCUCUCUGAGAAAGGGUGUUCGAUAAUACACUGAAAUUUAAAAUAAAUACUUAUUUUUAAAUGUUAUUUUCAUCACAAGUUUUCUCAAGUUUUGCGGGAGAAAUACUCGCAUCUCUGAUAAAUAUUAGUCUUAAAGUGUAAAGCGGGCGCUAGCGCGACACCUAGAGGAGAAAAUACGGGAAUUUAUAAAUACAUGUGAUAUUUUAUGUUUCGUUAUUUUUAUCAUAAGCAUAAUUACAUUUAGUAAAUUAAUAUAUCAUUGAUAAUAAUAAUUGAUGUAUUAUUAUUAGAAUUUUCCUCAAUGAGAGACAAAAGGCUCUUAUUUUGAAGCUCGUUUCAUUUUCCGCUUUUAUUUUGAAGUGUCUGCGGCGCUGGAAGCGGAAGUGCCGCAGACGCGCGUGUCUUGUUCAUUCAUUGCGGGAGUUUGCAUGUGUUUUGUAGAUUGUGAUAUUGAUAAUAACUGGAGAUCAUAAUGAUUAAGGAUAACUGCUGGAAUAUCCCUGUAAACGCCCCGGCGUGUAUGGAGAGACACCUGGACGCGGUGGACUACAGGAAAGACGGGUCUCUGCUGCUGGGUGCCUCCAGUCUGUCGGGCCGCAGCUGGCAGGGCUCGGUGUGGGUGUACUCGGACCCCAAACUGGCCCCCAGCGAGGGCUACUGUAAGGCGGGCGUUCAGACGGACGCCGGGGUCACGGACGCUCGCUGGGUCUCGGAGCGCGCGCUGCUCCUGGCGUCAGACGCGGGGUCGGUGGAGCUGUGGGAGCUGGCGGAGGACGAGCGUUUACUGGUGAACCGUUUCAGCGCACACGAGCAUGAUGAUGUGGUGACGGGCGUGAGCGUGUGUGUGGGCGCGAGACACGCCGUCAGCUGCGGCGCCGACUGCAGGAUCAAAGUGUGGGAUCUGAGCCAGGAGAGCGUCAUCAGCUCGUAUACCGCUCACUCUCUGCCGGUCAGCUGUGUGUCGUGCUCUCCUGCGGACGAGUCUCUCUUCCUGUCAUGUGCUCAGGACGGACGACUGCUGUUGUGGGACAGACGGAAAGACAAACCCGCCUCUCGCCUGGACGUGGUGUCUCCGAGCUGCAGCGCGACCGCCGUCUCCUGGCACCCGCAUCAGAGCAGCAGCAUCGCAUACGGUGACGAACUGGGCCGUGUGACUCUGAGAGAUCUGCAGUCGUCGGACGGUGUACGGACGACACACACACACACUCGUAGGGUCUCGGGACUGAGCUUCUCCUCGGACAGUGCUCCUCUCCUGGCCUCUGUCAGCGAUGAUUGCUCCGUUGCCGUGGUUACCGCAGAGCUCAGAGAAAUUUACAGGGACCGGCGGCACCAGGACUUCGUGCGCGGUGUGUGUUGGGUGCCGGGCGGCGCGGGUGUGUUGACCAGCGUGGGCUGGGACCAUCAGGUGCUGCACCACAGCGUGAGCCCGCACACACCGGCGCCCUAGAGCAUCAUGGGAAACAUAGAUGCAGCCAUCCCUGACCACUCAUGAGUUGCAGGAAACAUGUAUUUUUUAUUAACAGAAAUUAUGCAGAUUGUUUUGAUUAUGCUGUUUUCAUCUCAUAUUUGAGCAAACAAACGUUUCAUUCCUUCAGAUCAGAUCUAGAUAGAAGAAAAGUGUCACUGUUCAAUAAAGUUUCUGUCAUCUGUC